CACACACACGCACACUCACUCACUCAUGUAAGGCUGGAUGUUGUGUCGUUUGGCUACGUGAGGUGUGUGCGUGUCAGUGAUGGACCUGAAGGAGGGCUGUGGAAGCGAGGCCAGCCGUGAGACCGAGAGCGGAGGCAUGGGGAGCCUGGGAGGCCCCACGUCUUGGCAGUCCUUUGCCCAUCGAAGCACCCUGCAUGGUUUACGCUUCAUCUUCCCCUACUCUUCCUCCUCCUCUCACCGCUCCACUUCACGCCGUCUGCUCUGGAGUGCGGCCUUGCUGGCCAGCCUGGUGCUACUUGUCCUGGAGAGUACCGAACGGCUGGCUUACUUCCUCUCCUACCCCCACGUCACGAGUGUGGAUGCUGUGGUUUCUGGCAGCCUAGUCUUUCCCGCAGUCACCGUCUGUAAUCUGAACGCCUACCGUUUCACGCGUCUCACGCAGAAUGACCUCUACCACGCCGGAGAACUGUUGGCCCUGCUGGACGUGCAUCUGCAGAUCCCUGAGCCGCACCUGGCCGAGCCCCACGUGCUGGCCUUUCUCACAGAGAAAUCCAACUUCACUAACUACCGGCCCAAGCCCUUCAGCAUGCAGGAGUUCACUGAACGAGUGGGCCACGAUCUGAAGGAGAUGAUGCUCUACUGCCGUUUCCAGGGCCAGGAGUGCAGCCACCAGGACUUCAAAACGGUGUUUACACGUUAUGGGAAGUGUUACAUGUUUAACACUGCCGAAGAGGGGAAGACUUUGAGGACUACGAUGAAAGGAGGCACAGGCAACGGCCUGGAGAUCAUGCUGGACAUCCAGCAAGAUGAAUACCUGCCUGUUUGGGGAGAAACAGAAGAGACAGCAUUUGAGGCAGGAGUAAGGGUGCAGAUCCACAGUCAGGCGGAGCCUCCCUUUGUACAUGAGCUGGGCUUUGGAGUCGCCCCAGGCUUUCAGACCUUCGUGGCUACCCAGGAGCAAAGAGUGAGUGAGCUUUGA